AAGUUCAAAAUUUGUGAUGUGUCUUAAAAAUAUGUUGCCGCUUCAAUAAAGUUAAAAAUUAUUAAUUGUCGUUCACAACUUUUUAAAAAAUACUAAAAUAAUUCGAUAGCUUGAAUUCAAUCUCUGUACUUUUCUAUAAUAUAUGUAUAUAUAUCAUUAUAGUGUUUAGUUAAUUUAUAAAAAUUAAUAAAUUGACAUAAUUCUGAAUAUUGUGCUGUAAAAUUAUAUUUGACAAUGGAUAAACACAUAUUGUUCGUAUGUGUGUACUUCAUUGUUAAUGUAUUCCAAGCGCAAUCGCGAACAUUUACUGAAGAAGAUUGUCCUGUUUGUGUACUCACAAUUGAUAAGUUUGCAAAAUCAAUUGAAGGUGAAUUGAAACCAAAAAACAUUGAAGAACAGUUCAGAAAGUAUUGCUUGUCUACAAAGAUUGAUAAGGAAAAAAGACUGUGUUACUAUUUGGGUGGAUUAGAAGAUUCGGCAACUGGUAUAUUAAGUGAAAUGUCUAAACCUUUAUCAUGGUCUAUGCCAGCUCUUAAAAUCUGUGAACGCUUAAAGAAAAUGGAUGCUCAAGUGUGCGAUAUUAAAUAUGACAAAGAAAUCGAUUGGAAAACAGUAAACCUGAAGAAGAUGAAAGUGAAAGAUUUGAAGAAAAUAUUGGAUAACUGGGGAGAAAUUUGUGAUGGUUGUUUAGAGAAGACAGAUUACAUCAAAAGAGUUGAAGAAUUAAAACCCUCUUACGUCAAGGAAGAGUUAUAAAUAAUACAAAUAUUUACCCCAUGCAUUGUAUAAAAUUGCUAAUUUUUUAAUACAAUAUUGUUUUUUUUUUA